GAUGGAAACAAGGUACCCUACACUGUGCAAGCUAUAAAUCUCGAGGCUGCACCCCAUCUUCCCUCAUCCUCUCAGUGACUUUUACCUUCAUCUCAUCUGCACCAGCCUCAGCCUAAGACCAGACUCCGGCUGCCAUGACCAGCCAUCACAUACCGCUUCGCCAACUGGGCAAGGACGGCCCGACCGUGCCCGCCAUGGGGUUCGGACUUGCUGGUAUGUCCUUUGGCUACGGUAUGCCGCCCAGUGACGAGGAGCGGUUCCGGCUUCUGGAUCGUGCACUGGAGAUGGGCAACACAUUCUGGGACACUGCAGACAUCUAUGGAGACAACGAAGUGUUUCUGGCAAAAUGGUUCCAACGAACAGGCAAACGCGAUCAAAUCUUCCUCGCGUCAAAGUUCGGCAUCGUCAUGGGCGCGACAGGCCCCAAGGGUGCCGGGAUCGAUAGCUCGGGGGAGUACUGCAAGCAACAAUGCGAGGCGAGUCUGACAAAGCUGAAUACCGAUCACAUUGAUUUAUACUAUGUCCACCGCGUCAACCACGAGACGCCCAUCGAAGAAACCAUGCGCGCCUUGGCUGAAUUGCAAGCCGAGGGCAAGAUCAAACACAUCGGCCUCUGCGAAGUUUCCUCCACCACACUUCGUCGCGCGUGCAAGAUCGCCCACGUUGCCGCAGUGCAGGUGCAAUACUCCGCGUUUACGCGAGAAAUCGAGAACGAAUCCGGCACCCACCUCCUUCGCACCUGCCGCGAGCUCGGUGUCGCCGUCGUGUGCUUCUCACCACUUGGCCGAGGUUUACUAACGGGAACUUUCAGCACCAAAGAGUCCGUCAGUGGCCCAGGUGACCUCCGGAGCAGCUAUAUUCCUUGGUGGAGCGAGGAGAAUGUCGAGGCCAAUGCCAAAUACGCCAAUCAGUUCAAGGUUUUCGCGGACAAGAAAGGAUGUACGGCGUCACAGUUGGCGCUUGCAUGGCUCCUCAAGCAGGGCGAUGACAUUAUUCCAAUCCCGGGGACAAAGAAGGUCAAAUACUUGGAGCAAAAUUGGGCGUCGCUCAAUGUAGAGCUGACUGAUGAGGAGGAGGCAGAGAUACGGAAAUUCCUUGAGAGCGUCCAGUUGCAAGGCCAUCGAGGCGCCCCUCAAGCAAAAGCUACCGAAUUUGUGGAUACCAAGGAAGAGGCUUAGAGGGUGUCGAG